UUGACCGUGAAACAGACGAUGUUUCUCAUGGUGAAACACAAAACAUGCAACAUAGAUCGAAUCAUUAGUCAUUUGUGAAUUUUCAAGGUGUGGUGGAAUUAUUUUUUGGUGUAAAAACCCCCAAAAACCACCCAAGAGGCCCUUUCUUUUGGCAAAAACAAUUCAGGAAGGUGUACAAGGAUGACCGGAAGGCUACCAGCGUGUGUUAUUGACGUAGGAACAGGCUACACCAAAUUGGGCUUUGCCGCCAAUAAGGAGCCCCAAUUCAUCAUCCCAUCGGCAAUUGCAAUCAAGGAGAGUGCCCGUGUGGGGGAUCAAAAUGCCCGGCGUGUCACAAAGGGUGUGGAAGAUUUGGAUUUCUUCAUUGGGGAUGAAGCAUUCAAUGCAACCGGGUAUGCUGUCAAGUAUCCCGUACGGCAUGGGCUUGUUGAGGAUUGGGAUCUCAUGGAGCGUUUCCUGGAGCAAUGUAUUUUCAAGUAUUUACGUGCUGAGCCUGAGGAUCAUCACUUCCUGCUGACAGAACCACCCCUAAAUACGCCGGAGAAUCGAGAGUACACGGCUGAGAUUAUGUUUGAGACAUUCAAUGUUCCCGGACUCUACAUUGCCGUACAGGCUGUGCUGGCGUUGGCUGCAAGUUGGGCCUCACGUCCCGUGGAGGAGCGCACAUUGACGGGAAUUGUCGUUGAUAGCGGUGAUGGGGUGACGCACGUUAUUCCCGUAGCUGAGGGUUAUGUCAUUGGAUCGUGCAUCAAGCACAUCCCCAUUGCUGGACGGAAUAUCACCUCCUUCAUCCAGAGCCUCCUGCGUGAGCGUGAGGUGGGCAUUCCGCCCGAGCAGAGCCUGGAAACGGCUAAAGCGAUCAAGGAGAAAUUCUGCUACAUCUGCCCGGACAUUGCCAAGGAGUUUGCAAAGUACGACACGGAGCCGAGUAAGUGGAUUCGUCACUAUGAGGGCAUCAAUGCCGUCACAAAGGCCCCCUUUGGCGUCGACGUGGGCUACGAGCGCUUCCUCGGCCCAGAGAUUUUCUUCCAUCCCGAAUUCUCCAAUCCCGACUUCACCACACCCCUGUCGGAGAUUGUGGAUAAUGUGAUCCAAAAUUGCCCCAUUGACGUACGACGUCCGCUGUACAACAACAUCGUUCUCAGUGGGGGCUCCACCAUGUUCCGGGACUUUGGGCGACGCCUCCAGCGGGACAUUAAACGCUCCGUCGAUCAACGAUUGCGGAUCAGUGAGAAUUUGAGCGAAGGAAGGAUUAAGCCAAAGCCAAUCGACGUAUCAGUCAUUUCGCACCACAUGCAGAGAUACGCCGUGUGGUUCGGUGGCAGCAUGUUCGCCGCUAUGCCGGAAUUCUACCAGGCUUGCCACACAAAGGCCUCCUACGAGGAGUACGGGCCCAGCAUUUGCCGCCACAAUCCCGUCUUCGGUACAAUGACCUAAUUUACGGAGGAGGAGCACCAUGUCUGGCGCACUGCCGCACAUUCCGGGCGCAAUAAGAGACGACGAGACAACGCUGCUGGUAUGCAUACAACAAUGUCAUUUUGCAUUUUUAUUCAAUUUUAUCAAGGUAUUUCAAAUUUGUAAUCAAUAAAGUGUUUUAUUUUUUUUUUCUUUUUGCCCCAAAA